AUGAGUGCCAAAUCAGCUAUACAGAAGAAGAUUCUCACCACAUUAGAAUCCAUACCAAAAGAUAGACUCAAACAUUAUGCUUCUUUCAAAGAUUCACAAAUCAAAAGAUUCAAUGAUAAAGAAUUCAUCACAUCUUUGAGUGAACAAGAAUUAAAUGAACAAUAUCUUGCCAUAAGUCGGAUUGCAAAGAAUAAAUAUCGUGAUUAUUAUAAAAUAAGUGAUAAAUUAUUGACACCUAAGGGUAAUCCUGAAUAUUAUAAGAAGAUUAUGGCAGAAAUUAAUGGAGAAAGUAAGGAGAAUAUAUUUACUGCUUUUAAACAUGUUGUGUUUGGGAAGUAA